UUCAACCAGCUUUCUCCGAGAGACCUAAUGGAACCGUUGGAUAAACCAGCGUCAAACUCCUCGCCUCUCGCGCCAUUUCCUCGGGACGCGCGAGGAUCGCUAGAGGUUUUCAAUCCCUCGGCCACGUACUCAUCCCAUUCGAUCAACUCCAUUUCUCGAGCGAACCCAACGUGCCCCAGUUGGGCGGAGCCGGACUCGGCCAAACUCGCCGCUAAACCGUCGAGUAAAACCGGCGACGAGAUAACGUCAUGGAUGGCCUUCAAGGACUCAAACGCUCCACCACAACCUUCAUCGCCGGUCGUCCAGAAAACCAUCUCGGCGAUUCUCAGCGACAAACCGCCGUCAGAAAAGCCGCAAUCGGCGGACGAAGUCGGCUCCGCAGCUUUACGCGCUGCCGAGUGGGGAUUGGUACUGAAAACCGAUACGGAGACGGGAAAGCCUCAAGGAGUCGGAGUUCGAACUUCCGGCGGCGAUGAACCGAAUAUCAAACAAGAGAAUUCGAGGAGAGCUUCCAAUAACUCGGUGCGAAGUUCGGGCGACAUGUCGGAAGAAGGGGGAAGAGAAAGGGGGUUUCCUAGAGUCUCCGAGGAUUUGAAAGACGCUCUGUCGACUUUUCAACAAACAUUCGUGGUUUCUGAUGCUACGAAACCUGAUUAUCCGAUUAUGUACGCCAGCGCCGGAUUCUUCAAAAUGACCGGCUAUACCUCCAAGGAAGUCAUCGGAAGAAACUGUCGAUUUUUACAGGGUGCAGACACAGACCCUGAAGAUGUGGCCAAGAUCCGGGAGGGUUUACAAGCUGGGACGAGUUACUGUGGGAGGUUGUUGAAUUACAAGAAAGAUGGGACCCCUUUUUGGAAUCUUCUUACAAUUUCACCCAUCAAAGAUGAUGACGGCAAGGUUCUCAAAUUUAUUGGAAUGCAAGUGGAGGUGAGCAAACACACAGAGGGGUUCAAAGAUAAGAUGGUCCGUCCCAAUGGCUUGCCAGAAUCCUUGAUUCGUUAUGACGCACGUCAGAAGGAGAUGGCUACCAGCUCGGUAACGGAGCUUGUGCAGGCGGUGAAAAGGCCUCGGUCUCUAAGUGAGUCUAGGCCUCGGGCUCUAAGUGAAUCUAUGAACCGUCGGCUAUUUAGAAAAUCCGGCGGCGGCGGCGGCGGUGAUAAUGACGGCGACAGAUUUGAAACUGGUAUGGUUAGGCGAAAGUCAGAGAGCGCUGCAGCUUCAACUGGACGAGGAAGUCGAAGGUCGAUGCGGCGUAUCAAUGAGGUUCCCGACAAGAAACCCAAGAAGUCUAGCCGUCGUUCAUUUAUGGGGAUUAUGAGGAAAAGUCAAUCAAAUGUUGAUAGCAUCGACGUUGAAGAUGGUUCCGAUGAUGAUAACGACACCGAUGACGACGAUAGACCAGAUAGUGUCGACGACAAAGUAAGGCAGAGGGAAAUGAGGAAGGGUAUUGAUUUAGCUACCACCCUCGAACGUAUAGAGAAAAACUUCGUCAUUACCGAUCCUAGAUUGCCCGACAAUCCCAUUAUCUUUGCUUCUGAUAGCUUCCUGGAGCUAACCGAGUACAGUAGAGAAGAAAUCUUGGGAAGAAAUUGCAGAUUUCUGCAAGGUCCCGAAACCGAUCGAGCGACCGUCAAGAAAAUAAGAGAUGCCAUCGACAAUCAAACCGAAGUUACCGUGCAGCUUAUUAACUACACAAAAAGUGGUAAGAAGUUUUGGAACCUGUUUCAUCUACAACCUAUGCGUGACCAGAAGGGAGAAGUUCAGUAUUUCAUUGGAGUUCAACUCGAUGGUAGUCAGCAUGUCGAACCACUAAGCAAUUGCAUACCGGAAACUACUGCGAAGCACGGCGAAAAAUUGAUAAAAGAAACUGCAGAAAAUGUUGAUUUGGCAGCUCGAGAACUUCCCGACGCCAAUUUGACACCAGAAGAUUUAUGGGCAAAUCAUUCUAAGAUGGUUCAACCUAAACCUCACAGAAAGGACAGUCCUUCCUGGAAAGCUAUCCAGAAGAUUUUAGACAGCGGAGAACAGAUAGAACUGAAACAUUUCAAGCCAGUUAAACCUUUGGGAUCUGGCGAUACUGGCAGCGUGCAUUUGGUAGAACUGUGUGGAACUGAUCAAUUUUUUGCAAUGAAGGCAAUGGAUAAGGGUGUAAUGCUCAACCGUAACAAGGUGCAUCGAGCUUGCGCCGAGAGGGAAAUACUCGACAUGUUGGAUCAUCCUUUUCUUCCUGCAUUAUACGCUUCGUUUCAGACAAAAACACAUGUUUGUCUUAUAACUGAUUACUGUCCUGGUGGAGAGCUGUUUCUGCUUUUGGACAGACAACCCACAAAGGUCUUGAAGGAAGAUGCUGUGAGGUUUUAUGCUGCUGAAGUUGUCAUCGCAUUGGAGUACCUUCAUUGUCAAGGGAUAAUUUACCGGGAUCUGAAGCCCGAGAAUGUUCUACUACAAGGUAAUGGACACGUUGCCUUGACGGAUUUUGACUUGUCAUGUUUGACGUCUUGUAAACCUCAGCUUUUGCUUCCAACAACAAAUGAGAAGAAAAAACAAUCAAGAGCUCAACAGGCUCCCGUCUUUAUGGCCGAACCUAUGCGAGCAUCGAACUCCUUUGUCGGAACCGAAGAGUACAUAGCACCGGAAAUUAUUACUGGGGCUGGCCAUACCAGUGCAGUGGACUGGUGGGCUUUGGGUAUCCUUCUAUAUGAGAUGCUCUAUGGUUACACACCCUUUAGAGGGAAGACAAGGCAAAAGACUUUCGCUAACAUUCUUCACAAGGAUCUUAAGUUUCCAAGAAGUAUAUCGGCUAGUCUCAGUGUGAAGCAGUUAAUCUGUAGGUUACUGCAUAGAGACGCCAAAAACCGAUUGGGUUCUCGAGAAGGAGCAAAUGAAAUCAAACGACAUCCUUUCUUCCGAGGCGUUAAUUGGGCGCUCGUUCGAUGCAUGCAUCCUCCCGAGCUCGAAGCGUCUCUUUUCCAGUCCGUCGAACCCGAAAAAGAUGCUAAUAAUAAAGCUCCAGUUUUGGAUGUAAAAGCUCUUGACCUCAGUGUGUUCUGAUGAUCACAAGUUUCCUUGUUGGUUCUGAUCAAAAUCACCUUCCUAGUUCUGCAGCAUUGUGGACCGUUGGAUCUCUUUAGCAUGUGAAAUUUUGUUUGGCUUCAAAGCUUUAAAUUUUUUAGUGCUUAUUUAAUCUUUUUGCCCAAUGUAAUAAGAAAUGUUGUAAUGUAAUGGUGGUUGGUGAAAUAAUCCCCUAUGCCUCCUUUUUUUAAUAAUUUUGUUGCUCUGGGUUAUUUUUCA